AUGGGGCGAAUUAUGGGCGUUUGUUCGCUCAUCCUGCUUGUUUUCCAGAUUCAAUUCCUUUGUGUCUCAGCUGUCUGGAAGUAUUCCAAUCCGGAAAGGUAUCCUAAUGUUCCACAAUCGGGCCCAAAGCCUGGUCCAUCCUACAUGGUGGACAAUACCAAAAACUACUACAAUGUAGCCCCAGACAAAGGUAUUCAGAAUGGACCCGUGUGGGCCUACUCUGGUAGUCAUGAUGAGUUCGUUUCCAAUCUGGACUCCGGCAGCAUUAUGCGUGGUGGCUUCGAGAACAAGACAUCCCCGCAAUCUACAAACUUUGAUCCUGUAGCGAUCAGGAAGCGGCAAAGUGGCUCAUACUGGCUUGAGGAACUUGGACCAUUGGGUAGUCAACCUCGUGCUGGGUCCGGCUAUGCGUUCUAUCGAAACGUCUUGGACUUUGGAGCCGACAACACUGGAGAUUCCGACACGGUUGAAGCCAUCAAUGCUGCCGUGGAGGAUGGCAAUCGCUGCGGCGAGGAGUGCGGCAACACCUUUAGUCAGGGUGCUAUCGUGUACUUCCCUGCCGGCACCUAUAAGAUUUGCUCUCCAAUUAUCCAACUGUACUAUACGCAAUUCAUUGGAGAUGCCAAUGACCCACCGACUAUUCUCGGCUGUGAUGAUUUCAAAGGCAUCGCGCUUAUCGAUACUGACCCCUAUAUUCCGGGCGGCAAUGGGGCCAACUGGUACAUUAAUCAAAAUCAGUUCUUCCGUCAAAUACGAAACUUUAUUUUCGACUUGACGGAAAUGCCCGAAUCUACCGAUGAUGACGACCAGCCCUUGGUCCCAACCGGCAUUCACUGGCAGGUGUCUCAGGCAACCUCACUCCAACAUCUAGUUUUCAACAUGCCCGAGGCCAAGGAUGACCAGAACAGCACAGCCGUUGGUAUCUUUACUGAGAAUGGAAGUGGUGGCUUCGUCUCGGACCUGACUUUCAAUGGUGGAAACAUUGGGUGGCGAGCCGGGUCUCAGCAAUACACAGCCCAGAACUUGAAGUUCAACAAUUGCCUGACUGCCAUACAAAUGGUGUGGGACUGGGGAUGGGUGUGGCAACGUGUCGAAAUUAACGGCGGCGCCAUUGGAUUCAACAUUAGCGGUGCCGGUGGCAUCACAGGACAGGGUAUUGGCUCCAUUUCCGUUGUUGACACCAGCAUCAGUAAUGUACCGGUCGGUAUACUGACAAACAACCGCGCCACAUCUCCGCAUAUCGUGCUUGACAAUGUCGAGAUCGACGGAGUGGACCGGGUUGUCCAGAUUGAUGACGGAGAUACCCUAUUGACUGCCUCGGGUACCAUUGAAAUGUGGACCACGGGAAAGGUCUAUAGGGGUGAUCAAGGCUCCGACUUCACCGGGACGGUGGAAGUGCCAGCCAAGCCUUCCGGCCUGUUGUCCGACGGCAAGUUGUUUGUCCGGACGCGCCCCCAAUACGAAUCACUCGGCGCAUCCGACUUCUCUGUAGCAACGAAUGACGGAGGCUGCGAUAAUGAUGGAACUGGGGACCAAACAGAAUGUCUUAAUUCCUUCCUCCGGGAAGCCGUAGCAUCGACCAAGAUUGCCUAUUUCCCGGCCGGAAUCUACCAGGUUGCCGGUACUGUGCUGAUACCUACGGGAUCACGAGUCGUGGGUUCCAGCUGGUCUCAAAUCCAGGGCGCCGGCUAUUAUUUCUCCGACAUGACUGAUCCGAAGGUAGUAGUCCAGGUGGGCAAGCGUGGUGAUAUUGGCACGAUGGAAAUUACGGAUAUGCUCUUCACCGUCGCAGGCAACACAGCCGGAGCCAUUGUUCUGGAAUGGAACGUGGAUGCAGUUUCUCAGGGUGCCGCGGCGAUGUGGGACUCACAUAUCCGCGUUGGCGGUGCUAAGGGCACAGACCUUGACAUUGAGCAAUGCCCAAAGCGCGAUUUCAACAAUUUGUGUAUAGCCGCCUCGCUUAUGAUGCACGUUACGAAGCAGGCUUCCGGUUACUUUGAGAAUGUAUGGGUUUGGGCAGCCGACCAUGACAAUGAUAUGAGUGUAUACGACAGUCCGGAUAAGCUGUCCAACCAGAUCAGUGUCUAUUGCGCUCGUGGUCUGCUCAUUGAGUCGCAAAACCCGUCCUGGUUCUACGGCGGCGGUUCUGAGCACUCAGUCAUGUAUAACUACCUGGUUUAUGGCGCAAAGGACGUCUACCUUGGUCACAUACAGACAGAGACGCCGUAUUAUCAGCCCGAACCCAUUGCUCCGAAACCAUUCAAUGUUGCGGCCAGCUUUCCCGGCGACCCAGACUUUACUAGCUGCAAAGGAGAUGCAGCUUGUGCCUCUGCAUGGGGUAUGGUUGUCUCUGAAUCGAAUUCCAUCACGGUUCACGGAGCCGGGCUUUAUAGUUUCUUUCAAGACUAUUACCAAGACUGCCUCGAAACCAAUGACUGUCAGCAACGCGUCCUGAGAGUGACGGGGUCGACCGACGUGGUGUUUCUGAACUUGUUCACAGUAGCAAUAUCUGAAAUGGCCGUUGGCAUCGACAAGACUGUCGUGUCGAAGGAUUCUAACCAACGCGGCUUCACGACUGAAAUCAGCGUCUGGCUCCCGCUAGACGGCGCCGACAAUAUCAAUACCGUGUUUGUCGGUACUGAAAUAUGGACUGCAUCGACAGUGACGUGCUCGGUUGAGUCCUGUUUACUGAUCUUCCCCACAAGUUCCCUGGCCAAUCCAGCUACCAUCUCUCCGAGUCCAUUUACCACGUCGUUUCAGUAUGGAGACACGAGCACAGUGACACGGAAUGGUGCUGUAACUGUGACCUUUAUCACAACUACGACAACUACAGUGCUCAACAUUGCACCUCUGACGGUUGAGGGAAUACCUUAUUCCAACUACAAUUUCUCAUCAGGCCAGUCAACUCUCGAUAUAACACCCAGUGUUGACGUUCCCCCAUUCACCAUCUCGCUACCUGAUGGCAGUGGAAGCACUACGACUCGCGUUGUCCCCCUCCCGCCUUGGCCGCUGAUCGAUGAUGGCCCAACUGGCCCGAGUACUAUACCUGUGCCCUCUGGCGACCUCCCCAGUGGGAGCGGCACUUUUUACACUGGCGUUACCUCGACUGUGACUGUUAGUGGCGCUACUGUGACCACUAUUACUUUCCCUGGUGCUUUAACCCCCACAACGGUAGCAUGUCCGCCCGACGACGUGAUUGUCUUCGCCACACCGUCCACCUCCAUCUAUGUUGAGUGCUUCACGGCCACCACCUUUGGAAUUUCAUUCAACUGCCCAACUACAAAGGUAGUCAGUUUCCUGGGUCCGACGACUGGUCUUGUAUCUGUCGAUUGUAGUGUCGUGACGGGCUUCCCUCCCACCUCAACUACGGAGCCACCGCCCUCUGAUAGCGACACGACAACUACACCUUUGCCGGUAUGGACUACGUGGCCCCCGGGGAUCAUAGCCCCCAUCAGCACAACGGUCGAGAAGCCUGAGCCAACCAACGGUGGCACCAAACAGCCCUGCAAGCUCUGGUUCUUCUUUGUAUGCAUCAAACGGGACGAUCUCGAAAUCGGCGGCUGGUUCUGGUCCUUCCCACCUGGCAUUUAUCCCCCGGGCCCACCUCCAGGAAUUCGAUGGCCCUCUGGGUUUACACUAGAAGGGCCACUGCCGCCCUGGCCGCCAAUCACCAUCGGUCCGGGUGGUGAGCUCACGUACUCGGAAGAGCCGUCCGAGUGCACGACGACGCAGACCGCGUCCAUCUGUUCAAUCGGUACCACCUUCUCGGUAACUUCAGGUGAUACAGUAACUUCAACAACGGCCACUGUGACAACAAAAACGUGCGAGACCAUCUCAGGCUGCUCUGUAAGCCAAUCAACUACCCAGGGAACCACCACCGCAAUCGAAACCUGCACCGUUGAAGCGGCCGGCGGGACGUCACGUCGAAGGAAAGUCGCAAAUGGAGAUCAUACUUUGCACAAACGUGCUUGCGAACCUGUGCCCUAUGUGAUUUAUCCUGAGAAUCCCAGAGACAAGACUAAAAUUAGUGAAAUCAGAGCGGCGCUCGGUACACAAAUUGAAGGGGACAACGGCCGUGAAGUUAAGUCUGACAGCUUCGCGGGCGGCUACACGGCCUUCUUCUGGGUAAAAGGCCUAUCCCCAGAGGUCAAAACUGCAGUCGAGUCCAUUGUCGGGAGAGACAAUGUCGUAGAUUACCAGGAGUGGAACAAGAACAACAAGCCGCCAGGAAAUCCGAGAAUGAUGAUAGUGGAGAGCAACGAUCAGAUAACCCCCAGGGGAUUAGAUACAUUGGAUCUCGAAGCAAGGGCUCGAAACCAAUCAAAUGAUAAAUACUCGCCGAUAACCAGUGAAGAUCGAUCGAAAAUCAACCCGCAACCGUGGAAAAGAGCAGCUACAUCAGCAACUGUGGUAGAAAGAUGGAAUGGUGCCUUGGUAUCUCUUCCAAAAGGCCAAAGAUGGAAAGCCGCGGAUGCUCAGCCCCCAGGAAGAGGAGGAGUUCUACAGGGACAAUAUGUAUUCUUUUACGACGAUUCGGCCAGUCCUGAAAUGACUGUCUAUGUCGUGGGGGAACCUGGAGGUGUCGACACCAGACACGAAGAGUGGUCCGACCAGGCGACUCCUCCUCGUCCCUUAAAUGCAUUUGCUUAUGGCAACCCCAUUGGAGAGCCUACUCGGCUUCAUGGAACCCAAGUGGCGGCCUUUAUAAAUGGUAAGACAUUGGGUGUCUGCAGGAAAUGCAAGGUCGCCUUCACCGGCUAUGCUCCCGCGAGUGAAAUGACGGAUGAUGCCCAGAGGACCUUUGAUCCUGAUCCUCGGGAUUGGUAUCUAGAGGACCUCCUGCUCGCAUGGGAAGAUAUGAACAGCAACGGGAGGUCGCCCGCCACGUCAGUCAUCAAUAUGUCCUGGGGCUCAGACUCCCGCUUCUGGUACCAGCCAUUCAUCAAUAGACUCUACGACAUCCUCAAGUGGAUGGAUAGAGCAGGUGUCACACUCGUUGCCGCGUCUGGAAACUUUGGCAGAGAAGGUCGCAAAGCCGUUGAUACCUACCCUCAACUAUUUGCCAACCCAACUAACGCUGUGGACCCACUGUGGAAAGAUCGGAAUGACUCGGAUGAUGUUGGAUAUCUUCCCAACUUCAUCGUCGUGGGUGCCACUAAUCCAUACGGUAUAGAAGCAGCCUUUUCGCAGUAUGCAGACUUCUUGACGACAUAUGCAGGAGGUCAGAACCUCAAGUUGCCCGACAUUUCCGGCUACACGACGUGGCAUGGCACCUCCUUUGCAGCUCCGCAGGUGGCUGCUGUUGCUGGAUACUACAAAGGAUUACCCUCUGAUUGGCAGGGACAAUUAAAUGCAGCGGAUAGCAGUGGGCCCAAGGCCGUGAAGAACAUGAUUCGGGCCUUUGAACGAGAAAUAAUACCACCACGCCUUGUCAGCGUGGGAUCUGGCGAAAAGCGAGCAUUGAUCUGGAAUGGUAUGGAUGGAGAUAUAAACUGCCUGCUGGGAGGCGAUUCAACCAGUUGCCCCGAGUUGCCAACCGACAUCAAUGAUUACACGCCCCCUGCGGACUGUGGCCAGGCUGCCGUGUUUGCAGAACUGCUACCCAGAAUAGUCAAAGGCAACGAGACCAUGUUUGCGAAACGCCAAUCUGGUGGCUCUUGCACCUUGCCUGCAGACGGCGGCGGCGGGCAAAUCACCCUCACGACGGGACCAGCGGUGGGCCCGACCUGCGCAAACCCGGACGGGUGCGGUGGCCACAUCUGCUCGGGCUUUUGGUGCGCGCCGGCCCCAACGGGCUACCCCCCAGGAUAUCAGGACCCCAAAGAUCCGAGCUCGUCCGAGUACACGGCACCGACGACCACCAUUAAACCCACCACCUCCUCCUCCUCGACGACCUCAUCUAGCACGACAUCGGCGGCUCCGGCGCCGACGACGUCGGUCUCCAUGUGCCUGGGGCUUUUCACCAACACCAACACCGGACGCCUUGUCAACAUUUGGCUUUUUUAUGCACCCGGCGACGCUGGCAAUAAUCGUCAGGCUUUAGCUGGAGGCCCUGGCGAGAAAACGCCCCUUUGCGAUAUCUCAAGGGACAACACCAGCUUUAGUUGGUGCGACCAGCAGGGCACGUUCCGCGACAGCGGCCCGCAGUUCUCUGAUGAAGACUCGUGUGGUUUUCAGAUUGAGCUUUUUGGCGAGAGAUUCACGCCCGACCGGUUGGACCCCAACGACAAUGAUAACAAUCCGUGCAAUGAGCGUGACGGCACGGGAAGCAUCAGGGGAUGGGCUUUGUGGGACGAUUUGCCUCGCUGUAAAGUGUGUCUCUCGGAUGAAUGCUAA